AUGAAAAGAAUGCAAAUGAGUGUUACGUGUUUUAUUGAGAUGCUUUGCAUCGUUGUGGUGCAAGGUCACAGCUGGAUUGACUGUCUCGAUACUGACCGUACGAUUGUCUACAACCGAGGACCUGAGUACAUUUACGGUGGAAAUAAUGCCAACGGCAUGUGUGCCGGCUACAUGAAGAACUACGUCAGUCGCGGUGACCCUGAUGUGAAUACUAAAAUGACGUUCAAGAUCCUCAUUGCUGACGUUGCAAACAAUGCAUCAGUAUGUACUACUGAUGCCUGGGACUAUUCUGACUGGCGCACUCGCCUCACUUUGUCUGCUGGAGCCACCUUUUACUUUGGCUACACAUCGAAUGGUCAUAUCAUUAAGGAGCAGGCUGCAAGCAAUACGUUUUACGGUCUCUAUUGGACUGGUGUCCCGGAAACGAGUUUAGCGUCGACGUUUGAUUUGACUGCAGACAAGCUUCUCGAUGAUCAACUACACAACUUUGACGAUGGCAAUUGCGGUGAGGCGUACACUGAUAAAGCUCAGACGAUUCCGUCGGGACGUGCUGGAGACGGCUAUCCUUGUGUAGCCACAUUUACUGUGCCUAUCGGUACACCUGCAGGUAUUUACGACCUUGUCUGGUACUGGAAGUUCUACAAUGGUGAUACCAACACUUCAAUCCCAACUUCCAGUGGAAUUUACGGUGGUGCAGCGUAUACGAGCUGCUUUCAAGUAGAAGUUACGGCUUGA